AGCCGUGGAAAUGGCGCCUGUGGACCAGGGGGCGGCCGCAAAGCCGCUGAGGCGUAUGAAAGACGUUCACUGCCUUCAUCUUUUGGUUCCAGCCUAGCGCUCAGAGCUGGAGAAUUUUUCACAUCUUACUCCGCUCCUCACUCGGAGCGACGCAGUCUCUCGGCCCGUUGCUACAGCUGGAUCUCGCUUAGGGGGGCACGGCUAGGAUGGAGAGUCCGAGCCCCGGGGACUGCGGAGCUGCACCUUUGAUCACCGCCACUGAGCGCCUAGUCUCAGACCGGCCCUGUGACCACCGGCAAGUCAUUGUCCCCUUUCGGGCCGCAGUUUCACCACCUGAAAAAUGGGAGAGAGGGAGUAGGGAGGAAGAUGUUGCUCUGGGAUCAGAAAGAGUGGGAGAAGAUGAGAAACAAAUAGUGAUAAAAAGCAGCAGUGAGUGUACUCCUCUGCUAGAGGAACCCUUGGCUUCUGCUGAGUUUGAUGGCACUGCAGUGACAGAGUGCCACAAGUCUGUCCCAUGCGGAUGGGAAAGGCUUGUGAAGCAAAGGUUAUCUGGGAAAACAGCAGGAAGAUAUGAUGUCUAUUUUAUCAGCCCACAGGGACUGAAGUUCAGAUCGAAACGCUCACUUGCUAAUUAUCUUCACAAAAGUGGAGAGACUUCUCUUAAGCUAGAAGAUUUUGAUUUUACUGUACAUCCUAAAAGGAGCAUCAAAUUAGGAUGUAAAGACCACAGCAUGGCAGGUCUGACAUCCCGACUGCAAAACAGUUCAAACCGGAGCCUCAGAACACGGAGCAGGUGGAAACAAAAUGUGAGUCCUCUGCCAAGUGGGAGUCUGGAAUUGCAAGAUAGCAGAGAACUGUCUAACUUUACCGCCGUUCAUCUGCUUUUGAAAGAAGAUGAGGGAAUUAAUGACAUUGACUCUAGAAAGGUUAGAAAGUCCAAAGGAAAGGUGACUAUUUUGAAAGGAAUUCAAAUUAAGAAAACUAAAUCAGGGCCCCGGAAGAGACUUCCAGAUCCUGUUCAAAGUGACAGGAAAAGAGAAUCUGUGUAUACUAAGUCAGCAGAUGCUGCAAGUGAGCCUGUUGCACAAGAAAGUCAGACAGAGAGAACUUGCUGUGUCUCAGACAUCAGAGCGAGCGACAAGACCCUCUGUGUGACCCAGGAAGAGGAAAGGCUUGGUCAAGAAGAAUCAUUGAGUACAGGAUCAAAGUUUGAACAAUUCACUUCCAGCAUCAUCAACAGAUUUUGUUUGACCAAAGAAGCUGAACACAACAAGAAGUAUGAGGAUACCUUUUUAGAAUCUGAGGAAGUAAGAACAAAAGUAGAAGUUGGGGAAAGGAAGGAGCAUCUGCAUGUUGACAUUUCAAAAGAUGGCUCUGAAAUGGAUAGCUGCUCACAAACUGAGAAAGACUCUACUGUGAAGAUACUUCAAGAAGAUACCAUCCCACGGACACAGGUAGAAAAAAGGAAAACAAGCCUGUAUUUUUCCAGCAAAUAUAACAAAGAAGCUCUUAGUCCCCCGAGACGCAAGGCCUUCAAGAAAUGGACGCCUCCUCGGUCACCGUUUAAUCUCGUCCAAGAAACACUUUUUCAUGAUCCAUGGAAACUCCUCAUUGCGACUAUAUUUCUCAAUCGCACCUCAGGCAAAAUGGCAAUCCCUGUGCUUUGGGAGUUUCUGGAGAAGUAUCCUUCUGCAGAGGUAGCAAGAACUGCAGACUGGAGAGAUGUUUCAGAACUUCUUAAACCUCUUGGUCUCUACGAUCACCGAGCAAAAACCAUUAUCAAGUUUUCAGAUGAGUAUCUGACAAAGCAGUGGAGGUAUCCGAUUGAGCUUCAUGGAAUUGGCAAGUACGGCAAUGACUCUUACCGAAUUUUUUGUGUCAAUGAGUGGAAGCAGGUACACCCUGAAGACCAUAAGUUAAAUAAGUAUCAUGACUGGCUUUGGGAAAAUCAUGAAAAGUUAAGUCUAUCUUAAAACUCUGAAGUUUUCAAACUUGUUUUUUAUACAUUGCUUCGCGUUUUGAUUCUUAAAAAUUCCAUUAAGCAUGACCGACUACCUUUCCAAGUGUAUAGAUUUUAAUCAGCCCAACUGGAAACCUAAUGUAUGUUUUCUUAAUGUGUGUACCACUGGUAGAUCUUUGCUACUGAAUGUGCUAGACCAUGUUUUGAAAUUGUUUUUAUAAAAUAAAUUAUUUGACAACAGUCCUAAAAA